AUGCCAGUUUCCUCUCGUCACUAUGCCAGUUUCCUCUCGUUACUAUGCCAGUUUCCUCUAGUUGUUAUGCCGGUUUCCUCUCGUUGUUAUGCCGGUUUCCUCUCGUUGUUUUGCCGGUUUCUUCUCGUCGUUAUGCCAGUUUCCUCUCGUUGUUAUGCCAGUUUCCUCUCGUUGUUAUGCCGGUUGCCUCUCGUAGCUAUGCCAGUUGUCUCUCAUAGUUCUGCCGGUUUCUUAUUAAUUGAAAAAUAUGAAAAUCCAAAACAAUAA